CGCACGCAUUUCCGUUUCCGCCGCCACCGCCGCCUGGUCCUUCCAGUCGUGGCCGCGUCGUGGUUCGUGUCUGCACCAUGUCCGGUGGCCUCCUGAAGGCGCUACGCAGUGACUCCUACGUGGAGCUCAGCGAGUACCGGGACCAGCACUUCCGGGGUGACAAUGAAGAACAAGAAAAAUUACUGAAGAAAAGCUGUACAUUAUAUGUUGGAAAUCUUUCCUUUUAUACAACUGAAGAACAGAUUUAUGAACUCUUCAGCAAGAGUGGUGAUAUAAAGAAGAUCAUCAUGGGUCUGGAUAAAAUGAAGAAAACGGCGUGUGGAUUCUGUUUUGUGGAAUACUAUUCGAGAGCAGAUGCAGAGAAUGCCAUGCGGUACAUAAAUGGAACUCGUCUGGAUGACCGGAUCAUACGCACAGACUGGGAUGCAGGCUUUAAGGAGGGCAGGCAGUAUGGACGUGGACGGUCUGGGGGUCAGGUUCGAGAUGAGUAUCGGGAGGACUACGAUGCUGGGAGAGGCGGCUAUGGCAAACUGGCACAAAAACAGUGAGUGGUGAAAGCCCCAAGUACACAGCUCACUCUGUUGAUGAUGUUGGAGAACAUUACCCAAGGUCUGAUCAGUAUAGUAUCUCUGUUGCACUGGAAGCCACUUCUGGUUUUCCUCUGAAAUAUUAAAAGACAGAAUCCAAAAGAAUGCCUUUAAUUCUAGUCUUAUUAGGUUGAUUUUCUGUUACUAGGUCAAAAACUGUAUUCCUGGGCAGCAGAAUAUGUGUCAAUUAAACUGUCAGCUGAAUGGGACACUUCUUUUAGGGAGACUGGAAAAUGUAAGGAUUGACUUUACAAGCAGUCUGGUAAUCUUCAUGGGGACAGAAAUGAUUUUUUUUAUAUUGUAAGUCUGCAUAUGUAUUACUGAGGUUUUGCUAUAGUCUGUAGCUUUGCUCUAAAUUAGGAACAGGGGUUUGCUUUUUAUAUUUCAAUAUAGUUGGUACAGAAGUCAGCCUUCACUGGGCCUGGGAUGCUCCCUGCUUCUGUGCUUAUUUAUACUUCAGGACACUAUCAGUCAGUACUUGAAGAGUGUUCACUAAACAUAUCCCUCAAAAGAUACAAAUGUUUCACUGGCAGUUUAAAACAAAACGCCUUUAAUCCCAGCACUUGGGAGGCAGAGGCAGGUGAAUCUCUGUGAGUUCGAGCCCAGUCUGGUCUAUAGAGUGAGUUCUAGGACAGACUCCAAAGCUACAGAGAAACCCUGUCUCAAAAAAAAAAACCAAAAAAACCCAAGGACUACUUUAUACAAAGAGCCUCUGCUAUCCAAAGUAGGGGAAGACAUUGUCAGUAGAGAAUAGAAUCUAAGUUCAGACACUGCCUUGACAUGGAAGCUUCAAUUGGGGCCAUUAGAUUAUUUCUUCCCACUUUCAAAAUGACCUUGGAAUAGAAUGGGCUUUUUAAAAGGGCUUCAGCCAGGCCUAUAAUCCUGGCUACUUGGGAGGCUGAAGCAAGAGAAUCAAAAGUUCAAGGCCACCCUGGGCACCUUUUGAGUCUGUCUCAAAACAGAAACAGAAAAGGGGCAGGGGGAGAUACAGGGCACAGUGGGUAGGCACUUAUGUGAGUGGUCGUGGGUUUAUUCCCCAGGACUGCCUGAACAAUAAGAAUUUGAAGACUGGGAGUCUUUAACAACAGAAACCCUCCUCGAGGGAAUGUCUGUGGUAACUAACACACCCCUUAGUCUGUUUCCUUUUUCCCUCCAACUGUGCUUGCUGAGGUCCGUGCAGUGAUAGUAAGCUGAAGGGCUCUACAGAAGAGUCUAGAGAAUUUUGCAUUCUGUCCUAAUAUUACAUAUGAGUAAUUUUUCAUGAUUCAAAAAAAGACAAAUUUUUUCAUCUGUUACCUUCUAAUUCUCAUGAGUUUUUCAAGGGUGGGACAGAACAUCUUCAAAGUUGCAAUAAGUGUGGUUUUCUUGGAGCUGUAACAACUUAGGAAGCCCAUUUACAAAUACUUAAUGAGGAGACUUGAGUUUUAAAAUAAGGCUUUUUAUACUGCAGUUUGAACUGUUUAUCUUAUAUUCUUUUGUAGUAAACUAUAAUUCAGAUUUCUAUAAUCUUAUGACCCAAAACAUUGGUAAUUUUGUCUUCUGUAACAAGUAUCAAUAAAUUUAGACCAAUGUA